AUGGCCAAGUGCGAACAACGCCAUUGUAAUCUGCGUGGGUUGCUGGGCGGGGAGACAAGACGACUAAGCAGCUCAGAAUCUGUCCUCUGCAGUAAGGCAGGGAGGCCGUACCAAGAUUUGCACGAAAGCGACGCUGACGAUCAGCCCGUCGAAUGGCAUGCAGGAUCGAUGGCAGCGGGCCCUCAAGCAGAAUUAGAGCUCGCAUGCACGCAGCUGUACUGCGAAGACGUAGCUGCAUUCGAGAGUUUUGCUGAUGGUCUUCCUUCGACACAGGCAUAUGGGCUUGAGGACAGCCCAGACCAGGCGGCUGAAGGAAACGCCGAGCGCCCGAGAACAAAGAACGAUGAAGCUACAACUACAGCAAGCACGACACGUUUUCUUGCGCAUGUCAAUGAGUAUGCUUGCACCCAAGCAUACAAUGGCGAAAGUGACGAUGAGGACUUCACUGCCGAGCUCUUGCAAUGUGGCAGGCAGCAGCAGCAGACGGAGCUGCGAGACGCAACGCCAAUGCCCAACCUCUCCAGCAGCGAGUCCGUCCAGCACCGCCCAGUGAGCGAAGGCAACGGAGAUAAUGAGGGCCUUGCUGCGUGCAGGGCAGAUGUUUCUGCA